AUGAAUUUUAUAAAUCGAAAAAGAACUGUUAAAAACAGUAAAAAAGAGGAAUAUGAUACUCCUCAAGAACUGGAUCUCCUUAAUAAAUGGACGAUUCCUAAAAUUGAACCCAGAACAAUUUACCAGAUGGGUACUUUUGAGAAAAUAGGUCUCAAACAAGUAGUUAAAACUACUGAAGAAACUAUGACUGUAGAUAAUGAUCAUGCUACAUUUAGACUAUUAUCUGACAGUGAUCUUGCCCUUAUAGGUCUUAAUAAGACUCCUAUUCCUGAUAAGGGAAAACAGAAGGAAGUUGUUGCUACUCCAAGUAUACAACCUCCUCCUGAAAUUCAUGAUUUUAAAUUAAAAUCCUUAUCAGACUUAGAAAACCUUUUAGACGAAAAGUUUAAAGGUUUAAAACUUAGUCCUUUAAUUGCAGAGGAUGAUAAAUAUUUGUCUGAUAUUGAUUAUAAGGCUCGCAUAGCAUCAGAUAUUAAUAAAAUUGAUGAAUAUUAUGCUGUCAAGCCUACCCAGAGGAUGUACUACUAUCCUCGACCAACUCCUCAAGAUGUUUUAUUAGAGGAGCAUGAACAUGUUAUUUCCAACAGUUAUAGUGGUAAGGAAAUAUAUGAAUGGAAUAUUGACGGUUAUAGUGAACGUCAAAUUUAUUGCACUAUUCAUAGAAUGUUAAUGUACAGCACUAUCUGCAAGGUUCAUAAAAAUACUGAAAGAGUUAUUGCAGAUAUGAUUAUAGCUGGUUUCACUGGCCAAUUAAAAGGUUGGUGGGAUAAUUAUUUGACUAAUGUGCAGCGUCAUGCUAUUCUAAGCGCUGUUAAGCAAGAAGGUGAAGAUGAAGCACCUGUUGCUAAUAUAGUUUAUACACUUGUUAUUAAUAUUGUUGAACAUUUUUCAGGAAGAUGGACGGAUAAUAAUGAAUCUAUUCGCACCAUGCUUCAAAACCUUAGAUGCAAGACCCUAACCUCAUUUAGGUGGUAUAAAGAUGUUUUUCUUUGCAGGGUCAUGGAAUUACCAGAGAGUAAUGACUCUCAUUGGAAGUCCAAAUUCAUAGAUGGACUCCCUCCUCUUUUUGCAGAAAGAGUUAGAAAAGCUCUUAGGAAAGGGGAAAGAAGUAUAGAUUAUAAUAAUUAUACUUAUGGUAAAUUAAUUGGUACUUGUAUGCAGGAAGGAUUAGCAUUAUGUAAUGAAAUUCAGCUAAACCAGCAGAUCAAGCGCCAUGGUCUUAAUGAAAGACAACAAUUAGGAGAAUUUUGUGGACAAUUUGGUAUGGAUAUUCCACAAUCUUCUAAGAAGCCUCAUAGGCAUAAAAAGAAGCAUAAAGACUUCCAACAAUGGAAGGAAAAGCGUCUACAAAAGAGAACUAGGCGCAAAAAGGCCUUUAAGGAAAGGAAGGAUUUUAUUAAAUCCAAAAACCCAAAAGCCUGUUAUAAGUGUGGCAGAGUAGGUCAUUUUUACAAAAAUUGUAAGGUUAAGGAGAAGAUUAAAGCCCUUAACAUAGAUGAUGACCUUAGAGAAUCUUUAUAUAAGAUUUUAUUAAAUUCAGAUCCAGAACCAGAGGAUGAUUCUGGUAAGGAUAGUGAUAGUUCUUCCAACCCCUCUUCAGAUGAAGAUAUUAGGGUGUUAGACGAAGAGAGUUAUAUCUCAACCAGUUCAGAUGAUGAAUGUCAACCAUGCCAAAUAGGGCAACCUUGUGUCAAAACCAAGGAAGACGAUGAGUUUUAUAAACUUGUUUCCCAGUUUAGUGAAAACAAAUUCAGGUUUUAG